AUGGAGACAAAGAAUCAACGCUCUGUUUUGGAGUGCCUUCGCCGACGUUUGCGUUUCACAAACAGUUCUUAUGUUGACCCAGUUGGUAUUGUAGGGGGGUUGGCUUUGUGGUGGACGGAUGAAAUAGUCAUUGAUGUUUGUUCUCGUAAUCAGAACUUGUUCCGCUGUGUCUUAUCUCAUCAUGGUAUAUCUUGGCUUGCCACCUUCAUUCAUGCACCGCCCAGGGAGCAACUUCGCAACCUGUUUUGGGAUUCUAUCCUAACCAUAGCCUCUGAAAACCAAUUUUCAUGGCUUUGCUUGGGUGAUUUUAAUGAGAUAGGGGCCUUUUGGGAAAAGACUGGGGGUGCAGGACCUAUAGCUAGGAGAGUUUUGGGCUUUCAACAAUUGCUCCAGGAGUGUGCUCUAAUGGAUUUGGAGUUCAAGGGUCAUGGUUUUACGUGGACAAACAACCAGUCGGGGAGGCAUAAUGUCCAGGAAAGAAUUGACCGAGCAGUGGCAACUGUGGAUUGGCGAAAACUUUUCCCCCAUGCGAAACUUCUUCAUGAGCUUCUUAUUGGUUCAGAUCAUUGUCCACUUAUCCUUAACACUUGCAGCAAACUGGUGCUGAAAUCUUGGGGUCGGAGUGAAUUCGGAGACAAUCGAACCAAGUUAGCAGAGCUUAAUUCCAAGUUGUCUCAUCUCCAAGCUCUUGACUGGUCCGAGUUCAACGUAGCUGCCCAAAAGGAGACUCAAGAUGACAUUUUGAGAGUGCUCCUCCGUGAGGAGAUGUUCCUUCAUCAGCGAUCUCGAUGGUUAUCCACUGAUGAGGCGAUUAACUCAUAUCUCCAUGAUUACUUCUCUCAUCUGUUUACCAGCAUUCCUUCCCGAAACUUUGAUCACCUUUUGUCAACUGUCCAACGGGUUAUUUCUGAAGAGAUGAAUGCCUCUUUAACCAACCCGGUGUCCAACGACAAAAUUCGAUCCGCAGCAUUUCAAUUGGGACCUUUGAAAGCACCAGGACCCGACGGUUUCUCUGGUAUCUUUUUCCACACUUAUUGGGAGGUGGUGGGUAAUGAUUCAGCGUUUGUGCCAGGGCGUUUGAUCCAAGAUAACAUUUUGGUAGCUCAUGAAGCUUUUCACCAUCUGAAAUUGAAGAAGGCUGGCACUGGUUAUGAGAUGGCAAUUAAGUUAGAUUUUAAUAAGGCAUAUGACCGCAUACAAUGGGAUUUCUUAGAGGCUCUUCUUCUCCAAAUGGGGUUCAGUUCAGUUUGGGUUCAGUGGAUCAUGGCAGUGGUAAGUACGGUGUCCUUCUCAAUUUUUGCUAAUUGGGAGAAGCGAGCCGCCUUCAUUCCUCAUAGAGGUCUCCGUCAGGGCGACCCAAUUUCACCUUACCUGUUUACUUUGGUUGCUGAUGUUCUCUCAAGAAUGAUUUCCAUGAGCACUUUUGAUAAUCGGUUUUAG